AUGAGCCCGCUCACUCUGGCAGCCUGGAAUGUUCGUUCCCUUUUAGACAAUCCAAGGAGCAACCGGCCGGAGCGGAGGACGGCUCUAGUGUCACGAGAACUCGCCCGCUACAAGGUGAACAUCGCCGCACUCAGCGAGACCCGAUUCUCCGAACAAGGCCAACUGGAGGAGGUGGGUGCCGGCUACACCUUCUUCUGGAGUGGUCGGCCCAGGCCAGAGCGACGAGACGCGGACGUCGCCUUCGCCAUCCGGAACGACAUCGUGGGACGACUGCCCUGUCUACCGCAGGGCAUCAACGAUCGCCUGAUGAGCCUCCGCCUGCCUCUCCGGCGGGGUGGGGGCAAAUUCGUCACCAUCAUCAGCGCCUACGCUCCGACGAUGAUCAACCCCGACGCCGUCAGAGACAAAUUCUACGAGGACUUGCACGCCCUCUUGGCGACUGUGCCGAAGGCGGACAAGUUGAUUGUCCUUGGCGACUUCAACGCCCGCGUCGGCACAGAUCAUACUGCCUGGAGAGAAGUGCUUGGUCCCCACGGUCUCCGCGGCUCAAACGACAAUGGUCUGCUGCUCCUCCGCACCUGCGCAGAACACCGCCUCAUCCUGACGAACACGUUCUUCUGUCUGCCGGAGCGAGAGAAGGCCACCUGGAGGCAUCAUCGGUCGCGUCAGUGGAACCUGCUGGACUAUGUCCUCGUCCGGAGGCGAGAUCAGCGGGACGUGCUGGUGCCGAAGGCGAUCGCGGGUGCUGACGGGUGGACUGACCAUCGCCUCGUCAUAUCGAAGAUGCGUAUUCGCCUACAGCCUCGAAGGAAACCACAAGAUAAGCGUCCCCCGGUUAAGCUGAAUGUUGCCUUGUUGUCCUUGCCCGCUCACCAUCUUAAUUUCAGCAAUGAGCUAGCUCAACGGCUAGACAACCUUCCUAUCGCUGCCGACGCCGCCGCUGCCGAGAACGCCUCCGUGGAGAACCGCUGGUGUCAACUGCGAGACACGGUCCAGUCGACGGCACUCGCCGUCCUCGGUCGCGCUCCCAGCCAACAUCAGGACUGGUUCGACGACAACGACGCCGCCAUCAGAAAUCUGCUUGCUGAGAAGAACCGCCUCCACAAAGCCUACGUAGAUCACCCAACUGACGACAAAAAAGUUGCUUUCUACCGCAGUCGCCGCCACCUCCAACAGCGACUGCGGGAGAUGCAGGACGCCUGGACUGCUCGUAAAGCUAAGGAGAUCCAAGGCUACGCAGACCGCAACGAAUGA